AAUACACACAGUUGUAGCGUUCAAAAUCCGAUGGUUAGCUUCAACUGUCUUCUAAUUGUUUCUUAUUAAUUCUUGUUACAGAUAAUUGUAACAACAUGGUUUAUUAUUUUACAUCGAACGUGGUUGAUCCGUCCGCUUUUAUCUAUGUCGGGAAAGACAAAUUUGAGAAUGAGGAUCUCAUAAAGUAUGGACUAGAGAAGGAUGUUUGGUUUCACGUUGAUAACCUAUCAAGUGCGCACGUCUACCUUCGACUCCGUGAUGGUGAAUUAUGGGACAAUCUCCCGCAGCCGCUCCUAGAAGACUGCGCACAACUUACAAAGGCAAAUUCUAUCGAGGGAAACAAAAGGGACAAUAUCACGGUAAUCUAUACGCCAUGGUCGAACCUAAUGAAGGAUGGAUCGAUGGCUGCCGGUCAAGUCUCAUUCCACAACUCCAAGCUGGUGCGAAAAGUAUUUGUGCGGCAAAGGGAGAACGCCAUAGUCAAUCGACUAAAUAAGACGCGUGUCGAAAAGUUCCCUGAUCUCAUGGCGGAGAAAGAGGAUUUUCUGAAGAAGAAGCAGAGGGAGGAGAGGAAGAGCAGAGACGAACUGCGGGCAAGAGAGAAACAGGAAAAGAGAGAAAGGGAACAGCUCAAGUGGCAGAAAGAGCAUGCCUAUGAUGAUCUGAUGAGUGAGGAGAACAUCCAGGCAAGCAGUAAUCAUGAUCGGGAUCCCAACUUUCUAGAUGACUUCAUGUGACUGCGAAGACCAGCUGUGGAACCGCGCAUUUUUAUAUACCAGACCAAUCGUUCCAAUUCCACGUCAAGUUGGACGUAGUGUUCUUAGUUCUACCUAAAAACCGGUCACUGUCGGAAACUCCAAACCAAGCUCUUUAUAAUUUCAAAAAUUCGUUUCUUCUCUUCUUUAAACUUUCGCAAUCCUUUUCGCUAUUUGUUUAAUGAUGUCCUUCAUGGUUAUAAUACUCUGCCAUCUCUUAUGUUUUCUAGCACACUGUAUUAGAAGCGAAUUACUCGGUGUGGUGCACAUACUAGCGUAUGAGCAUCCUUCACUAGACCUCAGACCAGCUUGGACACUACCUGAAUAUGGAAAGUCAAACCCAUUCAUAUCAUAGAAAAGUAACAUAAAAAUUGUCCACCCACUUUUUUCCUUUGAUAUUUGGCCUGAGUCACUGGUGCUUUCGCAAACGCAUUCGUUUGCGGUACUUAAGC